UUAUCAUUCUCAAUGGCUAUAAAACGGUAGCAUUCAAGCAAGCAGAUGAAUGAAAAGACUCUGAAGAGAUGGGGUCAUUACUAUUAUUUCAGAAAUAUUGGGUUGACAAGAACUCCAAGAACAGCUUCUUCUUGUAUGCAAGAAGUCUGUCAAUCCUUUGGGGUGAAGACAAACGUUAUUGGCAGUGGAGAAGAAUUCAAGAAACCAGUGAUGAAGUCAUUGAAGUUAAUGAACUAUUAGAUGUAUGUUGGCUAGACGUGACUGGAAAGUUUGAGACUGCAAGCCUCUCACCAGGAACUCUAUAUGAACUAGCAUUUGUGGUAAAGAUCAUGAAAGAUUCAGCUUAUGGAUGGGAAGCUCCAGUGGAUGUCGAACUCACCCUACCAAAUGGAACCAAACAAGAACAUAAAGAAAAUAUGAAGGAAAAGCCAAGAGGGAAUUGGAUUGAGAUUCCAGUUGGCGAGUUUGUAACGUCACCAGAAAAUAUAGGAGAGAUAAAAUUCUCAAUCUAUAGACAUGAUGGGUUAUGGAAAAGAGGGCUUGUCGUCAAAGGCAUUACCAUUCGGCCGAAAUACUAGAGUUCUGAAAUGAUGGACACAUAUUUCCAGCGUGUUCGGAUCUUAUUCUCUGCCUAUGAAUGUGAAAGCAGGACAAAAGAUUACGUAUGUAAUAAAUAACCGGGAAAAGAGUAAUGGAAGAAAUGCUUAUCAUUUGGUAUCAUACCCAACAUCCUGCUUUACUGAAUGCACAUUUAUUCUACAA